CAUGCGGUGAUUUUGCAAACGGGAAAGAAGUAUUUGCGUGGAAAUUUUGCGAUUAGAAUCAAAGUAAAUAAAUUAAACAAAUUUAAAGGAAGAGAAAGCCAACUACAAUACAACAAGAUCUUGGUUAAGGUAGUGUCCAUAUGGCCGCCACAGCGGAUGUGGCAAAGUCGAACGCUUUGUUCGCCAUGAACAAAGCGAGCACCUCAAAAUGCCGCGCUUGUCUUUCAGUGAGUCGUCAAACAAUAAACUUGGAAGCCAAAAUGCCAGGCUUGCAGAACGCACGCACUUAUGGCCAAAGCUUGCGUCAGUGCACCAAUCUGCCGUUAACAGCAAGAUCGCCUGGAGGCUACAGGUGGCCAAUGCAGAUUUGCAUGCGUUGUUGCCGCGCUUUAGAGGUGGCAAUGCACUUUGUGGAACUGGCAGUGGAAUCAAAUCGAAAACUAUUUGCUGAGUCUCAGAAUCUUAAAACCUCAACAUUACCAACAACGACGGGAGAGCUCAAACGCAAGGCCAGCAGUGAGCUGCUGCAUUGGAAUCAAUUCAGUCAAGAGUUUGCACAAUUUGUGGAAAGCUAUGAUGGUGUACCGGCGCCCAUUGAGGAAAAUGUGCUCUACAUGCGUGGCGCUAAAGUGCCACGCUUAGAUGCCGAUAUUUCGCCCAACAAUAAGCCGCCCAGGGAGGAUGAAGUUAUUUUAUUUGAUGUAAAGUAUGACAGCAACGAUCAGGACGAAGAGGAAGAGAAUGAUGGAUCCGAUGCUAAAAACAGUGAGACUUUUUAUGACAACAACAAUACCGGCGACACCAAAAGUACCGAGAACAACAACAAUUAUAACUUUAACGAUAAAAACGGUGAUUUGUCUGAUCUCCCCGAUGUUGAAUGUGAUCUCAUACAACGUGCACUCUUCAUGACGCUCAACGAGGACGCAAACAACAUUCAUACUGAGAGCGAAUUAAAAUCUAUUGAGUCCAUCAAAGCUACACUCCUAAAAUCUACGGAAGACUUAGUGGCCGCUAAUGUAGCACCAACAGCCAACAUGCCCGUCAAAUCAUCCCCAACUAGAGAUAUCCAUGCCAAUAUACCGUUGCUUGCUUGCAACAUGUGCAAAUAUAACUGCUCGCAGUCCAAGAAGAUGCGCAGUCACUAUAAAGAGGUGCACAACAGCGAUGUGUCUGAAGACGAUAUCAUUGGCCUGACCAAAAAUCAAAGCUUUAAAUGUCGGCCUUGCAAUAGCUACGAGACAAACACCCGCACAGACAUGCAACGGCAUCUUAUACAGCAUCAUAAGAUUGACGGUGAUUUCGAAAUGUAUUGUUAUGUGCAACAAAAUUGUCCUGCCUGUGGUCGCAUCUUCAAGGAUCAGCGUUCGGCGCGCACACACUACACACGUGUGCAUACAUUACAACAGCAGCAGCAGCAGCCGGGUGUUAGCAGUCUGGGUGCACGUGAUCUUAGCGAGCAGCAGCACUCUUGCAUAGCUUGCGACAAGGUAUUCCAUCAGAAAUCGAGUCUUCAGGCGCAUCAACGCUUUUGCCAGGCCAAGCCACCUGUGCACUGUAAUUUCUGUGCGCAACAAUUCAAUAGCAUGCGAAAAUAUGAGGUACACUUGCAACAGGAGCACGCGGUGGACACGCGCUACGAGUGCGAGAUAUGUCUCAAAAAUUUCAAGAACAACGAAUCACUUGCUGUUCAUCGUAAGCGCCACUCGGAGCGGCACUUUCAAUGCACAAAGUGCUCACUUAAUUACAUUAAUGCCGCAGAGCUGAGCGUACAUUACAAACGCGCUCAUGAGGAAGAGGAAGUGAGUUGUCGCCAUUGCGGUAGUAAGUUUCAAAACUCAGCACUGCUGCGCGAGCAUAUGCAGCGUAAUCAUCAGAAACAAGUCUGGCAUUGCAGCAACUGCAGCUUUGAAACCAAUUCACGUGCACGUCUGCGUCAGCAUCAAUAUGAACAUACAGAUUAUCCAUAUAAAUGCCAGUACUGCCCAGAGGAAUUUGCUGAUCGUGGAAAAAUACGUCAACAUUCCAAGAAGCUACAUGGUGUAGAACUUAGCGAUGAUCAACUAGCAGAAAUGUUUCGCGAACGCAUUGGCUAUACUAAUCGUCAUGAUGCCUUUAGCAAGAGCAGCAAUGCGCUGGAGAUACCUGGUUUUAGCGACGACUGCUUUACGGAAUUGAAAAGAUUAGGCCUGGACUACGAUGAUAUUACAAGUGAUCUCUUUUCAGAUUCCAUUAACGAGUUGGACAGUCUUGCUGAAUUGGUACCAUAAACAAUUGGCAAUCAGAACGUUUACUCAAGCCGUUUACCUGUAUAGUAUUAAGUAAAGUUGUAAUGAUGAGUAGCUUACGAGAGCUUAAAGACUGUCCGCAUUUCUCAAUCCAACCAUCCCGAAUAUUUUCCUUUUUAUGCAUAAUUUUUAAACUGUUCCAUUUCCAUUUAAUCAAUCCAUGCAUAUUGUAAAUGUUGUAUGCAGCUCAAAACAAAUUU